UACCAAUUAAACAAUUUGGAAAUUGUAAUGUAAACCUUCAUCCUCAACCCUAUAAACACCCAUUUGCUACUCCUCACUUCUUCACACCCAAAAUCUCCCACUGCAACAUCAUCAAUCUCAGUGAUCUUCCCCUUCGUUUUCUCAGUUUCCGAAUACUUAAUUAAUCAUGGGUGUCUUCAAGUACGAGUACGAGUUUACCUCUGUCAUCCCCCCAGCUAGGUUGUUCAAGGCUUUCGUUCUCGAUGCUGACAAUCUCAUCCCCAAGAUUGCCCCACAGGCAGUUAAGUCCUUUGAGAUCCUUGAAGGAGAUGGUGGUGCUGGAACCAUCAAGAAGAUCACCUUCGGCGAAGGUAGCACUUACAGCUAUGUGAAGCAAAGAAUUGAUAGCAUGGACAAGGAGAACUUUGCCUACAGCUACAGUCUGAUUGAGGGAACUCCCGACUCAAUUGAGAAGAUCUGCUACGAGACUAAGUUGGUGGCAUCCGGCAGUGGUACCAUCAUCAAGAGCACCAGUGAAUACCAUGUCAAGGGUGAUGUUGAGAUCAAGGAAGAGCACAUCAAGGCCCGGAAAGAGAAGGCUUCUCACCUCCACAAGGCCAUUGAGAACUACCUCUUGGAGCACCAUGAUGCCUACAACUAAGUUUGGUUGGUGGUCUAGAUCUGCUGUGAUGGGUUUAAGUCGCUCUCUUGUGACUUCAAAUAAUGGUGUGGUUUUCAUAGUUUUUUUUAUGGUUUUGUUUUUGCUUAGUGACGGCUCAAG